AAUGCUCAGGGGGUGAAGCCAGACUGUGCACACUCAGUAGCUGUUAGGAGGCAUUUGAUGUGUUCCCCACCAAGCGCUCGUUGAUUCGGAGCAGGACCGGGGAGCCCUGGAACUGGGCUGCUCCUGGCAGCCGGGGGGCCGCAGUCCGUAAGCCCCACUCGUCAGCAAUGAGGAAGCCCCUGAUGAGGCGGGCCAGCCUCUCGGCCAACUUGAAAAUCGGCGACUACAAGAAAUGCUGCCUGACUCCCGAGGAGGAAGAAGUCUAUAUCCCCUUCGCUCAGGAGAGCCUGGUGAAGCAAUGGGGGUCGAUGCACAACGUUGCGGACAGGGCCCAGGAACGCCAUAGCAUCCCUCCCCGGAGGAACCGCUACUUUCUGAACCUCAACGUCGGCGGGAAGUGCUUCCAGAUCGCGUGCAAAUUGGCCGCCAAGUACCCCGUCACGAGGAUCGGCCAGCUGGCCCUCUCCACCGACCCCAUGAAGAAGCUGGAGCUCUGCGACGACUACUCAGUGCCGAGGAACGAGUACUUCUUCGACCGGGACCCGCACAUUUUCCACUACGUCUUCCACUUCUACCGCAGCGGCGUCAUGUGGAUCAUGCAGGAGUUCUGCCCGUCCAACUUCGUGGAGGAAAUCGAGUACUGGGGGGUCCACAUGAAGUACGCCCAGAGGUGCUGCCGGAUCCUCUUUGAGGAGAAGCAGGAUGAGAUGGCCGAAUACCUGAAGGUGCAACGGGAGCUGGAAGCAGAGCUGGAGCCCCUGGAGAGUGAGGUGAACUUUGAGGGCAUGUUCCUGGGCAGGUUCCGGAAGGCCAUCUGGAACCUGGUUGAGAACCCGUUCUCCUCCAUCCCCGCCAAGAUCAUCGCCAUCAUGUCCAGCGUUUGCGUGCUGGUCUCCAUCGUGGGCAUGACGCUCAGCACCGUGGACGAGAUGCAGCACAAGACCAGCAAGAAGUGCAUGGAGCGUGUGGAGAUGGCCUGCGCCAUCUUCUUCACCCUUGAGUACCUGAUGAGGCUCAUCUCUGCCUCCUCUUGCCAGCAGUUCCUGCGGGCCGCCUUCAGCGCCAUCGACCUGGUCUCCAUCCUGCCUUUCUACAUCCAGCUCCUCUUCGAGAACCUGGGCGAGGGAGACUCAGAGUACCACGAGGAGCUGCACAAGAUGCGCAGCGUCGGGAAGCUGGGGAAGGUCCUCAAGCUCAUUAAGCUCAUGCGCAUAUUCCGCAUCCUCAAGCUGGCGCGGCACUCAACGGGCCUGCGGGCUUUUGGGUUCACCAUCCGCCAGUGCUACCAACAGGUCUGCUGCCUGCUCCUCUUCAUUGCCAUGGGCGUCUUCACCUUCUCGGCGCUGAUGCAUUCCGUGGAGCACGACGUCCCCGGCACCAACUUCACCAGCAUCCCCAGCGCUUGGUGGUGGGCAGCGGUCAGCCUCUCGACGGUGGGCUACGGAGACACCGUUCCGGACACCCUGCUGGGGCGCAUGGUGGCCUUUGGCUGCAUCUCUUUUGGGAUCAUCUUGAAUGGGAUGCCCAUCUCCAUCCUUUACAACAAGUUCUCCGACUACUACGCCAAGCUCAAGUCUCAUGAGAACGAGACCACCCUGUCGCUCAAGCUGUCGCGGAAGCUCAACCUCAAGGCCAGAGCCUGGAGGAAGUUCACCGAGUGCUGCUGCGCUGAGUAUAUCAUCCCUGGCCAGCAAGCCUCGCAUCAGGCCCCUGCCCGACACGGGUACCAUCCUGUUCACCAGGGGCACCCCGUCACCCGCCAGCCCGGGCACCCCCACCCCCAAAUGCCCCAUUCUCCCAUCCACUGCUCAGACCACCUCGCUCCCCAACCGCAGCCUCACCAUGCCCACCCAGAGGCUCUCAACGCCCACCUCGCGGCACCGUCGGGUCACCCCACCCCUCAGCCAUCGCUGCGGCUGCCCUCUCAUGCCAGGCGAGGGAGCCAGUAGAAGAAGCAGGCAGAGAGAGUUUCGUGGUCUUUUUAGGAGGGUACGCUUCGUUUGCAAAUGGCCGCAUUUAUUAUUAUUCAUAAUAUAUUAUUAUUAUUAUUAUUAUUAUUAUUAUUAUUAUUAUUAUUAUUAUACUGAGUUUAUGUACCGCAAUAUACCCGGAGGUCUCAGACGGGUUCACAAAAUAGAUCACAACAUAUACCACCAGGAUAAAGACAACAACCCAAUAACACACACCCCAAAAAGAGUCACAUUUUAAAAGGGUAUAUAGGAUGUCAGGCAGAUCAACCAAAGGGAUGGUUAAAAAGGGAACGUUUUUGCCUGGCACCUAAAGGUGUACAGUAUAAUGAAGGCGCCAGGCAAACUUCCCUGGGGACAGCAUUCCACAGAAGGGGAGCCACUGCAGAGAAGGCCCCAUUCUUGUGUUGCCACCUUCCGGACCUCUCGAGGAGGAGGCACACGAAGGAAGGCCUCGAAAGAUGAUCUCAGGGUCCGGGUAGGUUCAUAUGGAAAGAGGCGGUCCUUGGGUUUUUGCGGCCCUGGUCAAAACCAACACUUUGAAUAGGGCCCAGAAACUAAUCGGCAGCCAGUGCAGUCGGACCAGGAUCGGUGCCAUAUGGUUAAACUGUCUUGUUCUGGUGAGCAACUUGGCUGCUGAAUUCUGCACCAGCUCAAGUUUCAGAGACAGCCCUACAUAUAACGCAUUGCAGUAAUCCAGCCCUGAGGUUACCAGAGCAUAGACAAGAGUAGUUAGGCUAUCCCUGUCCAGAUAGGAGUAUAGCUGGGCCACCAGCCGAAGCUGGCUCCGCUAGUAGAGGGUGGACCUUAAAUCAGUACCUCCACCUACAGAAGCUCCCGGGGUCAAACCCUGGUACCUCCACCAUCAAUGGCAUCGCCACGGCAGGACUUUGGGUAGUAGUAGUAGAAAUGGGACCCGGGUGGCGCUGUGGGUUAAACCACAGAGUCUAGGGCUUGCUGAUCAGAAGGUCGGCGGUUCGAAUCCCUGCAACGGGGUGAGCUCCCGUUGCUCGGUCCCAGCUCCUGCCCACCUAGCAGUUCGAAAGCACAUCAAAGUGCAAGUACAGUAGAUAAAUAGGGACCGCUCCGGCGGGAAGGUAAACGGCGUUUCCGUGCGCUGCUCUGGUUCGCCAGAAGCAGCUUUGUCAUGCUGGCCACAUGACCCGGAAGCUGUCUGCGGACAAACGCCGGCUCCUUCGGCCUAUAGAGCGAGAUGAGCGCCGCAACCCGAGUCGGACACGACUGGACCUGAUGGUCAGGGGCACCUUUACCUUUAGUAGUAGUAGUAGUAGUAGUAGUAAUGGGAGACAGUUUUCCCCAGCCUUUGGCAUCGGGGUGGGAAAACUUUGGCACUCUGUAUGUGUUUGAUUGCCAGCUCCCCUCAGCCGCAGCUAGCAUGGCCAAUGAGCAGGCAUUAUUUCUAGGGGUUAGACUAGAUGACUCUUGGGGGUCCCUUCCAACUCUUCAAUCCUAUUAUGUA